AUGACGCCUGUAAGCACCAGUGACGGCGCUGGUGAGCAGCGUCAGGUCACCAGCGGCAUGCAAGCGGCUCAAAACCCAAAGAAAGUCAAGACGGAAGAAGCGGAUGGAGUGUCAACCUCGAGCAAACGCCAGACGGUGGAUGUGACGGAAGCUGCAGGCGUGGCAACGAGCUCGUCUGGCAGUGUAAAGGGCAAGACGAGUGUGACGAGGACAGCUGCCGAGGAUGGAGCGGAAUUAGCGCCCAAGAGCCAAGAAGAGCAGUCGCUCAGAGAUCAAAAGGUGUCAGCAUCAGCUGAGCCCAGUGCAUGCUCAAAAAAUGCCAUGCCAACGCUGCCUGCACCUGCUCAGCAAAUUGCGUAUUCAAAGCCAGCAACGCUGCCUGCACCGACGACACCCAACCCAACUCCUGUGCGAGGUUGGCUCGGCACUGUGACCCACACAAGCAAGCUGGAAAAGCCGGGUUCCGACUUGCUCUGUUCUCUGCGCGAUGCGUCUAGCGCGCCUCACGUCGCCGGUAAUCGCACCUUGUGCUUCGAGAUGAACAUUUCGCCCGACGUGACCAGCGAGGACCCUGUACGCCAUGCCAUCUAUCGUCACUACUGGCAGCAUUUGGAAAAGUGGAAACCUCAAGAAGCUCCUCAUGUCACAAUGUUCGGCAUCCAGUAUGAGCGCACUGUGCACGUCAAAUUUCUGAGCUCCGCCCAGUAUCAAGCGGCGCGUCAAGCUGGCAACCCUUCUUUUGGAGGUCGAAAAUUCAAGAGAACCGCUGUUGGUCUCGACCUACCCGAUGGACACUUUGUGGUCAGGAUGUCCGACUUUUACGAUUCCCGCGGAGCUGAUGAUUGGACGGCCGUGACACAGUCGCUGAUCUUGCAUCUCAAACAGGUGGUCAUCAUUCAUCAAAUCUGGUGCGAGACCGAGAGCAUCCCGGAGUGGAACAUCCCUACAAGACCUGCUGGCGUCAUGCUCCUGCUCGUCGAAGCGCGCCGCGCCACGGGCGAGUCUGCGAUGAGCGACGCAGCUGCAUCGAUCCAGAAGAAGGGUGCGUGGAAGUGGCGCUCCAAGUCUUAUCCUCUGCACGUUCCGCACCCGAUUCGACGUGGUAAUAGGUGGUAG